AAACUAGUGCAUGCAGUUCCCAUAUAAGAUAAGUUUGCCGUAUGGAUCUGUUAGCAAAACUCCAAAUAGAGUUGAUUUGCCAAUUCAGACAACCAAAAACAAACCCAUGCCAGUUGCAGGGAUAAAGAUGCAAGGCAAAUACAGCGCAUCUAUCUUUUCUUUGUACCACACAAUUAUUUAUAUAUCCAGGCAAGAUUGCAAUAAUACGAUAAUCAUCAGUUUUAUGAUCAGUGGUCAGGAUCAUACCAUAUUAAAGUUCAUCAGACAUCGGACGGAUUAGAGUCAUUGGCGUGAUAAUGGUGUAACCUGUGUCAUACAAAACACAGGUUGUGUUAAAGGGCAGAUUCUAUUCCGAAACAAAACAAAACAGAAAACACAAGUCUUCUCUAUAUCGGCCAACUUAACCGGAUCUUCCAAGACUGAUUACGUUAUUCCCCAUACAAUAUUCCUCCAACUCCCAAUUAUUUCUCUCUCAAAUAUUUUGUUUCUCCCCUGUUUUCCUGUGUAUUUCCUCAGUUUCUCUAGCAAAAAAACUCAUUCAAUGGCAUCGGUAAUGGACAUAAUUAGACUUCCACAACUGAUAUUCUUCUUCUACUUAUCAAUUAUUGCAUCAAUUUUCAGAAAACUAUUUUCUUUCUUUCUUCCAAAUAAAUCAUGUUUAAGUUUUACAUGUCUUAGUGAUUUCGCAUUAUCUCUGUACUUCAAAUUCUAUUGUGGUCUUCAACCUUGUACCAUAAGGCUUGAUGAUAAUCAAACUACUCUCCACUUCUGGAUUCCGAAGCUGCACCGAGUCGUGAAACCUUCUCUUUUGUUGAUUCAUGGUUUUGGUGGGAAUACAAAGUGGCAAUACUAUCCACAGGCAGGAUCACUCCAUCAGGAAUUCAACCUAUACGUACCGGAUUUGAUAUUUUUCGGAGACUCGUUUACCGGAAAACCUGACAGGACCGAUGUAUUUCAAGCGGAAUGUAUCGGAGAAGGAAUGAAGAAACUAUGUGUGGAUAAUUAUUCGGUAUUUGGUAUCAGUUAUGGAGGUUACGUAGCGUAUCGGAUGGCCGAUAUCUUUCGUCAAGAGAUUGAUAGGUUGAUGAUUAUGAGUAGUGGAAUCUGUUUCAAGAAAGAUGAAAUGGUCGAAGAAAUGAAGAAACUGGGGAACAAAGAUGUUGCUGAUAUUUUAGUACCAUCGAAACCAGAAGAUUUAAGAGUUUUGAUCAAUCGAGCUAUGUUUAAACCUCCUUUUUGGGUCCCUGAUUUCCUUCUUAAGGAUUUCAUCAAUGUUAUGUACAUGAAUCAUAGAAAUGAGAAAAUGGAGAUGCUGCACAACUUGAUACAUAAAGAAUCAGAUUCGAAUUCUCUUCCUGUUCUAAAUCAGGAAACGAUGAUACUAUGGGGAGACAAAGACAAAGUUUUUCCAUUAUAUUUAGCUUUUCAACUGGAAAGGCACUUAGGUGAGAAAUCAAGGGUGGAAAUAAUCAAAGAUGCAGGACAUGCAGCAAAUUUAGAAUCACCUUACCUUGUAAAUCAUUUAAUCAGAUCGUUUCUUCUGGAUUAAUGUAUACUAUAUAGCUAGAGAAUUUAAUAUAUAUGUAUGUAUAGUUUUGAUGAGUAGCAGUUAGUAUUCACAAAACUAGGUCUAGGGGGCUAAGGGGGAAAAAGGCCUAGCCAAAGCCGGAUCCUGUGAGGUUGCACACUCCGCUCUUCCUCAGGCGCUGCCAUUCCCAAAAGUAAUUCAUAAAUAAUCACGUUUUCAAUGUAUGUGGUGUAUGUCUGUACUUUCUUCGGUACUGACGAUUAUAUUACAUUACAAAAAGUAUUACUGCAAUCA